CUUCCGGUUGGGAUUCCAAAUUAGCGCUGAACUCCUAAAUGUGAAAUUGAGUCGUUUGUUUGGACUUUUCUUUCUGAGAAAUAUGUCCACUAGCGAGCUUAAAUCAUCAGCAACAUUCGGCUAAGUUAUUUGAUUAUGUUCCGGUUGGUUUAGCUAAUCGGCAGCAGAACUCCGUUAGCUUAUAGUUAGCUAGCCCACCAGCGCUUCGUGUGCAGCAUGGUAGUUUGACUCGUCUCAACAGGUGUCAGCCUCUGGUGAAGACCCCGCUGCCACACACCUGCCUGUGUCCGCUCACAGUGGGCGACAUGCAGCCGGUGGUCGGUGUCUCCUGCGGCAAAGAGGCCCCUGCGAUUGGCUCAAAUGGUGGUGAUGAUGAGGAGGGAGGCGAUGAAGAGGUGGUGGGACAGCAGAGUGGGAGAGGAGACGAGGGAUCGAUCAAAGUAUCAAUGACCGCAGGAGUCCAGGAGAAAGCAGGGACGACUUUCACCGGAGCCUCCACUGUGUCUGCUAGUACUAAAUCAAAUGAAAAGAAUACAAAGAGGAAGGUAAAGAGGGAGAAGAAGAAGUUCAUGAAGAAAACACUCACGCCCGCCCAUACUGUGGGCAAUCCAACGUCGGAGCUCCCAUUUGCUUUGUCCAGUCCCGCCACGUGGAAAGAGCUAGAAUUCCCCAACCCAGAGUCAACCAAGAAUAAGAGGAAGAGAGGAGGCACUGGAGGGCGAGUGGACAGUGAGGAGGAUGGAGACAAGAAGAAAAAGAAGAAGGAGAAUCAACGACCCAACUACUUUGUCUCCAUCCCCAUUACUAACACACAGAUAAGCUCGGCUGUGGCGGAGGUCCAAGAGGCAGUGCUUCAGCAGGAGCCCCUAUUGGCCAAAGCCAUGAUCCCCGUCCCAACUCUGCACAUCACGCUGUUGGUCACCCAUCUCGCCAAUCAGGAGCAAAUAGACCUAGCCACAACCGUGCUGGCCCAGGUCAAGCCGUCAUUGGCUGAGCUGCUGGGUGGGCGGGAUCUGGUGCUGCCCUUCUCAGGCAUCGGUCACUUCAGGAAGGAGGUGGUGUUUGUUGGGCUGGCCCCCGGACAACACAGACACACGCUGGAAAACCUGGCAGGGUUGCUGCGCAGACACUUCGAAGAGCAGGGACUGCUGCAAGGAGACAGUCGUGGGUUUGAACCUCACCUCACCAUUAUGAAGCUGUCCAGAGCAUCAAAACUACGAGCUCAGGGUAUCAAGCGUGUGGACCCCACCCUUUACUCCAACUACAAUAACAAGUUUUUUGGAGAUCAGACGGUGGAACGGGUGGACCUUUGCUCCAUGUUGAAAAAGAAGCAGCAAGACGGAUAUUACCACACUGAGACAUCACUACAACUUGAUUUGGUUCAGAGUCCGCUCCAUGCCAAACGCUCAAGUGUCAGCCCAGCAGAACAACCCCAGGAGGAAGACAAGGGUGGGCGUCGCCGGUCUGAGCCGGACGAGGCAGAGCUUCUGAGGGUCAGCAGGAAGUUGGUCGAGGACGCCGUCAAUCGCGCCUUGCAACAGUACAAACAGGAAACACUUCAAAAUGGGGGCGGGCCUAAUGCCACGGCCACGCAGGUCCCUGGGAACACUGAGGAAGCUGCUACAAAGACGGACACUACAUCCAACUCCACCGCAGACAACAGGAAGUGACAUCCUCGGGGCCGAGGUACACAGACUGAAAAACCAGCCGCCCACAAAACAUUAGCCGGGUCUGGCUAACGAGGAGAAGCGUCAGUAAGCCCUGGGGGGGAAUGCCUGAACCAGCCAACCAGUCAGCCCAGUUUGCUGACUAACCAAACCAGCUAGACAACCACGAUGGCUAGCCAGUCAUGCUAGCUACCUGCCCACCUGAUCUAGCUGAACACAGUGCUAGUUAAAUAGAUAAUGUAGCGUAAGAUCAGUGCUACUAGGUGACCAUCACAACAGGUCAUCUAGCUAAGCCUGGUAAUGAACUCUAUCUCUGGUGUCCUACUAUCUAUUUAUGUGUUUAGACCAAACAUGGGGCAAAUAUUGCAAUGUGAUUACAUACAAAAUCAAUGAAAGGAUGCAAGUACCAACAAAUUUGCACUACGCAACACAAAUAGACGAGAAUAUGAGUCCAUGCAAGUUCAAAACGUUUGAUUUUGAAUCAGAAAUAGAGCACAAACUAACUAUCGCCCUCUACGGUCACCUGCUAAUUAGUUAGUUAUCCAGUUACUCCAAAACAUUCCAGUGGCCAUAAUCGCACACUAGGCUAAACUUUGCUCCACGUUUGGUCUGAUCACACCAUAGCGGUGAGGAUGCCGCCCCUCGACCCUCACUCAUCUGUGGGUCUGCGUUUGCGCGUCAACACAAAUGUGAAGCACUCCUCCUCUAGAGAGACACCUGUUGGGUUCACGGUGACCUCUCGCUCACAAACUGCCCUUUUAGAAGAAGAUGGAUCGCACCUACACUUAGAAAAAAAUUUAAAACACUCCUCACGGUUACUCCCCACUGACGACAACCUGUUUUUCUCCUUCACUGGAUCGCUUCAGGUGGAGAAAAAGGAUUUUAUUUUUCUUUGAGCAUAAUUUCUUUAAAAAAAUCGGCGAUGGACGGUGUUGUGAGUGGUUGGAUCUUUCCAGCAUUAAGUGUGAGAUGUAUGUUGGACCGUGCGAGUUCCUUUUGUAGUGUUCUGCAGCGAGCCUCGGCUCAAAGCACUUUCUCUGUAUCCACUUCAGGAACGGAUCUCCUUUAAACUUCCAGCAUCUUAUUUUACGUUUCACUUCAGGAGUGUAUCUGCAAACCAGAGUGCAGUUCUGUCUUCACUCUAAGUUGUUUACGGAAAGUGGCCCCAGCUCAGCUCCAAGUUUUACACACGACUGCUCUCCUGCCGAGGCGACUAAGACAAUCAUUUGGUUGAGAUAAAUUCCGCUGGAAAGUUGCAUUCGUUUUUUUCAAAACAGAAACUAAAGUGAUAGCGGCUCGUUGAAAAUCCCCAAUGUGGAUCGGUCCGUUUACAGUCUGCACAAACAGAACUAAUCUGUGAUCUCUCAAUCACGAUAAUCUCCUCUAAUGAUGCUACCUUUUCAAAUCAUGUCUAGUCCAGAGGGACACACUAAAUUGGGGAUUUGCUUAGAAUAUAAUGUAAUAAUAAUAUACCACUACGUAAAGACACACUACAAGCUGCCAAGAAUGCAUUUGUAGUCAUUAAAUUAAUGACCGCUAUGUUACAGGCUGUCAUUAUUCCUACUAGAAACAGGCAUUCAUUUCAUAGCACCACUUCUUUUCUCAUCAUCAUAUAUAAAUGUUAAUUAUUUUUUCUUCUGUCGAAUGAAUCUGACAAAAGAGCGUACAGAUGAUUUGUUUUCGGUUUAGACUUUUAAAUCCAUCUUUAAAUUGUUUGUGCUAAACUCUGCACCACAGACGGACUCUGGGCUCCUUGAGUCUCGGUGGAGUUGCUCUGAUCUGAGGAGCUUUUGUCCUCGAUUGCAGCCAAACAGUUUUAGGCGGUGGUUACCUCCGACAAUCGCUGCUGUCAGCUGGAAACCCUCCGGCUCUUAAUUCCAGUGUCUUCCAUCCGUACAUAUAUAUAUACUCAUAUAUUUGCCUUUCGUGUUAUGCGGUCCACCCCACAGCUCAUGAAAUCCAUUAAGAAACUCUCAAAGGAGAUGGUUUUCCACUGACAGCAGGAUGGUGCUGAUGCAGACACGAUAACAUCGAUAAAAGGUGGUUUACUAAAACGUUAAAUGUUAUUUUAUCCUUCUUUUUUUUUUUAAAUGUUUUAUUUAUUUUCUUUGCUGUUAGAAGAAUGAUUCUCAAGUGAGUAAAUGAAAAGAGCUGAUUCGAAAAAAUUGGCGCCCAGUUUGCAUUUGAAGGUUUAAAAGAAGUUAACAAAAAAAAGCACAAAAUUUAUACUGAUUUUCUGUUUUCGUUUUUCAUCGUCUCGUUUCCAGAGAGGGAGCGAAUAUAGAGAUGCUGUUCAAAGUGGCCUUUAGUCACUGAAACUAAUCAAUGUGAAUUUUUGUUUGACUGUAAGUGCUUAAGGUGAUAACGCGUCGGUAACAUCUCAUCUAACACAAUGAGGAUAAGUGUUUACCGGCGGCUAAAGAGUCAGAUGCUUGAGUUAAAUGUAAAAAAUGUAAAAAAAUAUCAGCCAAAAGACAGAAUUCAUGUUGUUUCUAUUGUCGGAUUUAUCACUUUGUGUGUGUGUGAAGACAGAGGGACACACAGACCGAGAGAGUCAGCGUUUCAGCCGUCUGAGGUUUAGUUCCCUCCAGCGCAAACAGGUGUUCUCUCAUCCCUGAAAUCCACUUCAAUCCUGUCACCACUGAACCAUCGAUGAAGAAGGUGAAUUCUGUCUUAAGGUGGACUUUGAUCGUUCUCGUUUUGAUCUUAUUAUUGUCACCAGAUCCUUAAUCUCCUUAAAAAUCCCCUUUAAUACACAACUUGUCCUGUUUGUCUGUGUGAUUACACUGUUCAUCUGUCUCUGAGCACAUGUGUGUGUUUGUGUGUGUGUGGCUGUGGGUUGUUUGAUCAGUGGUUCCCCAGAGAAAAACCUUGUCACUAUAAGUCAUGACAACUCGGAGCCGAGUGUGUGAACGCCUCUACAAAUUUGUCUUCUCUGUUUGUCUUCCCCUUUCGUCCGCGUGUGCGUCUGAGUGCGUGGGCGUGUUGUUUGUGCCGUGUGGUUUAUCAUGUUCUGCCACAUUGAACAAUAAAACAGGAUAUGAGAUUCAAAACCAA